AUGCCAGUGCGAAAGCAAGGUACUUCUAGACCCAAUAAUGUACCAAUAAGUCGUCUUUCAGAGGCCCAUCGAGCGCUUGAACUGCUUGAAGAUUAUCACAGCAAGCUAGUGAAGCCGCAAGACAGACAGCUGAGACUAGCUAUUGAGAGGGUUAUAAGGAUAUUCAAAUCGAGGCUCUUUCAAGCCCUUCUUGAUAUUCAAGAAUUCUACGAGCUAACACUCCUCGACGACAACAAGUCCAUUCAGCAGAAAACAGCUGAGACGAUCCGAAUCGCGAACAAGUGGGAAGCUGACGGAGUGCGACGGGAAUCACAGACGGGAGACAAUGACUUUAGAUCAGUAUCGAAUGCGUUCCUUCAAGACACCAACAAGAAAUCCGAGAACCGAAAUGCGGAAACACCAGAUUCGGCAAGGAUGGGAACAAUUCCUUCAAUUAUAUCACCAACCGGAGACACUGAGGAAAAAAAGGCACACAUUUCCACACCUGAAAUGAAACAGUUGCAGAUAAAUGGGAUAGAGGGUGGUGCUGAGCGUACGGUGGGCGACGAUGGUCAUUUAUACCUUACUGUAGUAUUAUCACGCGCGGGUGGAGCUGGCUUGGGGUUCAGUAUUGCUGGGGGUUCCGAUAACCCCCAUAUAGCGGAUGACCCACUCAUCUACGUAACCAAGCUCAUACCAGGCGGGGCGGCCGCCGCCAGUCAACUUCAAAUCAACGACGCCAUAUUACAGGUUAACGAUACAUCAGUUGAGAACGUGACGCACGCCGAGGCGGUUGAUGCGUUGAAAAAGGCCGGCAGUAGUGUUAAAUUGAAAAUAAGACGUCGACAAGUUGAAGAUACUCUGAACGUGUCCACUUCAUCGAAUAGAGAAGAGGCAGUGGAGAUUGAACUAGUUAAGGGUGGUUCAGGAUUAGGGUUCAGCAUAGCAGGCGGUCUGGGGAACCAACACAUACCCGGUGAUAAUGGAAUAUAUGUGACCAAGAUAAUGGCUGGCGGAGCCGCCCAUAGAGAUGGGCGUUUGAGGGUUGGAGACAAAUUACUUAUGGUCAAGAACACUUCAAAAGGCGAUGUAAAUUUGGACAAUGUGACUCAUGAAGAUGCUGUGAGCGCUUUAAAGGCUUCAGGGGAAAGAGUGCAGUUAGUACUUAUACCAGGACCGAGACAUGGCCAGCCCUCGCCUAGAACAUCACGAGCGAAUACUCCUUCAAGCACCGCUAAUUCGUUGCGGAGGGAGGACGUGGUUGAUGGAGAGGAGCCGCGUGUGGUGGAAUUAGAGAAGGGCCCGCAAGGCCUUGGUUUUAACAUCGUGGGCGGCGAGGACGGUCACGGUAUAUAUGUAUCGUUCCUUCUCGCUGGCGGGCCUGCCGAGAGAUCGGGUCAAUUACGACGAGGUGAUCGCUUAUUGGCUGUAAACGAUGAAAACAUCACAUCUGCUACCCACGAACAGGCGGCUAAGGCUCUCAAGAGCACAGGGCAGAACGUCAAGCUGACCGUCGUGUACAGGCCACAGGAAUAUAAUAAAUUUGAAGCCAGGAUUAAUGAAUUGAAACAACAUCACACACUACUAAGAACCUCACAAAAACGAUCACUGUAUGUAAGGGCCUUAUUUGACUACGAUCCUGUAAGAGAUGACGGUCUACCAUCAAGAGGUCUUCCUUUCCGCUACGGAGACAUCCUUCACGUUACCAACGCCUCUGAUGAUGAGUGGUGGCAGGCGAGACGCCUGGAUUCUUCUGAUGCGGACGGUGUAGGUAUCAUACCUUCCAAACGGCGCUGGGAAAGGAAACAACGAGCAAGAGAUAGACAAGUCAAGUUCCAGGGGCAAGGAACACCCGUCAGCACAAGCCAAUCCACGUUAGAGAGGAAAAAGAAAACUCUGUCGUUCAGCAGGAAGUUCCCCUUCAUGAAGAGUCGAGAAGACGGCAAGUCUGAAGACGGCUCGGACCAGGAGCCUUUCAUGCUUUGCUACACUCAAGAGGACGCUAACGCGGACGGUGAGUGGGCACUGUGUAUAAUAAUUUCGCUAUCGCUGUACGUAGGGGAAAUCUUGUACCGAGUGGAACUUCCCAUGAUGGAGGAGAUAACGCUCAUAUAUCUCGAGGACGAUUGUCAAGACGAGGCGGUGUUGUCGUAUGAGACGGUUCAACAAUUGACCAUAAAUUAUACAAGGCCGGUGAUAAUACUUGGACCUCUGAAGGAUAGGAUCAACGAUGACCUUAUAUCCGAGUUCCCUGACAAGUUUGGAAGCUGUGUGCCUCAUACAACUCGUCCUCGUCGUGAUUACGAGGUUGACGGUCGUGACUAUCACUUCGUGUCGAGCAGGGAACAGAUGGAGCGAGAUAUACAGAACCAUCUGUUUAUAGAGGCGGGACAAUACAAUGAGAAUCUGUACGGCACAUCGGUCGCCUCCGUCAGGGAAGUCGCUGAGAAGGGGAAGCACUGCAUUUUGGAUGUCAGCGGAAACGCCAUUAAGAGGUUGCAAGUAGCCCAACUAUAUCCCAUUGCCAUAUUUAUUAAACCAAAGAGUGUAGAAUCAAUUUUGGAAAUGACGAAGCGAAUGACUGAAGAACAAGCGAAGAAAACUUACGAACGCGCUCUUAAAAUGGAGCAAGAAUUUGCAGAAUAUUUCACAGCGGUGGUGACCGGCGAUACACCAGAAGAGAUCUACGCGCGCGUGAAGGCGGUCAUCACGGCUGAGAGCGGGCCGAGCGUGUGGGUGCCGCGCCGGGAGCCGCUCUGA